AUGGCUUUCCAUUUUCUCACUUUUUCACAUUUUUUCGUCCUACUGAUUGUGUGGGAGUCCCUGCUCCCUCUGGGAAAUGCGGUGCCCAUUGGUGACCAUCCUGAUCAUGCCGGUUGUAUUAGGAUCACCAUCAUCAAGCGACCACUGGGUACCACAACGUCGACCACAACCACAACCACGACGACCACGACAACGACCAGAGCCACCACGAUGGCAACCACAGUGGCCACUGGAUAA